GCCCUAAACAAGCCCUUAACCUAUCCAUUAAUAGCACAUUGAAAGCCCAAUUAGUGCAGAGCAAAAUUUGGGGGAAUAAUUGAUGCACAGGGUUUAGGGUUUUUCUGUUUUACAGCCAGAGAUCGAAAUACUCACUCCAACAUCAAGCUUUUGCUGAUUUGCAAAUAAAAAAAUGAGAGGAUUACAGCUGCCCUUGAGCCAAACGCAAAGAAUAAGACUUCAAAGAGCAUUGGAAAAGCUUCAGUCUCUUUCUUGUAAAGCGAAUUCCGACGCUUCCGUUACCGUCGCCGAUACCAUUCCCGUCAACUAUGAAGCCGCUUUACUCAAAGGGCAUGGGACAACGGACCUAAAUGGCGAUUUGGUGGCAACUGUGUGUGGCGUGGUGGAGCGCAUCAACAAACUGGUCUAUGUACGCGCCUUACGUGCUAGGUACAAGCCAGAGGUUGGGGAUAUCGUAGUGGGACGUGUAGUUGAGGUUUCUCAAAAGCGAUGGAGAUUGGAGAUAAAUUUCAGCCUAGACGCCAUUUUAAUGCUUUCCUCCAUGAACAUGCCUGAUGGUAUUCAGAGGCGGCGUACUGCUUUGGAUGAACUCAACAUGCGUGGUAUUUUUGAAGAGAACGAUGUUGUCUGUGCGGAGGUUCGUAAUUUCCAGCAUGAUGGCAGCUUGCAACUCCAAGCAAGAAGUCAAAAGUAUGGGAAGCUUGAAAAGGGUCAAUUGCUCAUAGUUGAUCCUUACCUAGUGAAGAAAAGCAAACAGCAUUUCCAUCACCUUGAACAGUUUGGAAUUGACCUGGUACUUGGACGUAAUGGAUUCAUAUGGGUUGGUGAACAUGUUGAAGCCAGAGACAGUAUGGUAGUGGAUCAAGCUAAUAGUUCUGAACAAUCCAUGGUUCCUGAAGAAAAAAACAAAACUCAUACCCCUCUAGAGAUGAGGCAGAACAUAUGCAGAAUUGCGAAUGCCGUACGUGUGCUGUCAACUUUAGGUUUCAGUAUCGAUGCAGAUUUGAUCUUGGAGACAGUUGAGUUGAGCAGCACAGUGAAAAUUGACAUACAUGACAUGCUAGGCUCAGAGUUUCAUGUUUUGGUUGCGGAAAGGGAAGCUGAGCGGAGAAGCUUGGUGGGAAAGCGGAAAAGAUGAUGUGAUAUUCAGCUGUCAGCAGUUAUCUUUCAAGGUAACAUCGUUAAUUUGCUACAAUGCGAGGAAAAUGGUGAACCUAGUGCAAAAUUGUUCCCGUUCAUAACCAUUAUAAUUUAUUUUAUAGAAUUUUAAUGGUUCCGGCAGAGAUGGAAGAAACGCCAUGGAAUUUAGAGGUUUAUAUAUGCAAGGAAAAACUACAUUAAAAUGUAGAGCUGAGACUGUUAAUAGCAUCUAGAAUGAAGGUUCCAGUAGGCUGGGAAAGAAGAAACAAAUAUGAGCUUUACAUUUUUAAAUUAUGAAAGAAUUAGUGAAUGUCCAUGAUGAAUCCGAGGAACACAAGGCAAGACAAUUUCUUUGUAAUGGCAAUUGAAUAAUGAGAUUUAGGAUGUAAAUUAAA